AUGUCAUAUCCCGAAGUAGCAGCAUUCGAUUUGGACUACACAGUGUGGCCAUGCUUCUGUGAUACACACUUGAAUCCGCCAUUCAAACCGAUGCCAAGCAAAAAUGGCGAAGUUCGCACCUUAAUAGACUCGUAUGGUUACGAGCUAUCAUUCUACAAAGACGUUCCACGCAUUCUUGAAGAUCUGAAGACGCAUGAUGUCAAGAUAAUAUCUGCCUCCAGAACCUGGGCCCCUGAAAUAGCUCGUGAACUGUUAAGAGCUUUCAAAGUGGAAUACAAAGGUGAGAUCGUGCCGUUGAUCACCCUAUUCGACUCCUUACAAUGGGGCGAAAAGAGUAAAGUUAACCAUAUUCGUCUGGGGAUACAAGAGAUCUUUGGCGCAAAAGCUGAUAUAAGGGAUUAUAAGUCGUGCUUGUUUGACGACGAAAGCAGAAACAGAGAUGUUGAAAAGUACGGUGUCAAGUACGUUUACGUAAGAGAUCCGGAGAGUGGCACUACUUGGGAUUUAUACCAAAAAUACCUGAAUGGCAACUAG